GUCGCUGGCUCACAAAAAUCUCAGUUGAAGGAUGGACGCGCAACUUCAUUCGCAGAAAUAGUCCGUCGAGAACGGGCGAGAGGGACCGAACGCAGGCGAAAACCAAGCAAAGAACUCGUGGCGGCGGCGGGUGGAUGCGUUUCCGAAUAGUGUCGGCUUCAAAUGAUAUCAAAGCAAGAAGUGUCACUGUCCACAGGCGGAUGGGUGACUACCGCUCUCGGCGGCGCUUUGUGAGGAGGAGAUGAUGAAGAAUAUCAGCAACAGUCCCUUUCACAACAACCAGACUCCGAACCACAUUAGAGAUCGGAACCACAAAAAGUUAGGCUUUCUCUCCGCGGUUCCGUUCCGUUUUUCAUUGCGAGGUUAUGGUUUCUGCAUGGCUGCUCUUUUCCUCUUCUGUUUUGGGUCUCUGUUCUACCAGUUAAACGGAGGACCCCCGAAAAUUCUGCUGGACAUCCGACAGUAUCUCGGGGAAUCCACAUACCUUGAUGACCACGGACCCCCAACUCCCAGGGUGCUUCCAUUCCCCAGCCAGGUAGUUUAUAACCGCGUGGGGAAGUGUGGCAGCCGGACGGUGGUCAUCCUACUGAGGUUACUGGCUGAGAGACAUCAAUUCAACCUGGUCUCUUCGGACAUCCACAACAAGACACGCCUCACUAAACAUGAACAGGUGGACCUUAUGAGGAACAUCAGCAACAUGCCUCAGCCCUUCCUGUACACUAGGCAUGUCCACUUCCUCAACUUCACAAGGUUCAGGAUAGAGCAGCCCGUCUACAUCAACAUUAUAAGGGACCCCAUUAACCGCUUCCUUUCCAAUUACUUCUUCCGACGUUUUGGAGACUGGAGGGGGGAGCAGAACCACCUCAUCCGAACACCGGGGAUGAAGGACGACGAGAGAUACCUGGAUAUCAAUGUGUGCAUCUUGGAGAAUUACCCAGAAUGCUCAAACCCCAGACUAUUCUACAUUAUCCCGUAUUUUUGUGGACAGCACCCCCAGUGCAGGGAGCCAGGAGAAUGGGCUCUAGAGAGGGCCAAACAGAACGUUCUAGAAAACUACCUUAUAGUGGGGAUCCUAGAAGAACUGGAAGAUGUGUUGCUCCUUCUAGAGCGACUGUUACCUCACUACUUUACUGACGUUCUCAACAUCUACAAGAGCCCAGAUUACAGGAAGGUGGGGAACAUGACCGGCACGGUCCGUAAGCACACGCCCACUCUGGAGGCCCUUCAGGUUCUGUACCACCGCAUGAGCUACGAAUACGACUUCUACAACUUCAUCCGAGACCAGUUCCACCUGAUGAAGAAAAAGAUUGGUCUCAAGUCAGUCUCCCAGCCCCCAGCCCACCAGGCUUCCUUCCUAAAAGAGCUGGCCCUCCGAACCCCAGAGCCCCUGGACGAAGAGGAGGAGCUGGAGGUGGAGGCCGACUUGGAGGAUGCCAACAGCUGGUUCGUCCAGCCCUGACCACCCUCGCGCAACUGAGGAUCUUAACGGCAGCCAUUUGGCAGCAUGCGACAUUAGAAGGUGGUAAGGGAAAUAUGCCCUGUCAGCAUUCCCAGGAAGACAAUUUGUUGGGGGUGUGUGGUUCCCGAAUUCCCGUGUUUUUACGGGCUCUGUUUUCUGUUCGUCUCGGACUCUCUGCUCACCGCUGAGGACCUGGGGAGAGGGCGGAUGGAUUGAUGGAUGAAGUGCAAAUAAUAAAAAAAGACUGUCUAGAAUAAUGAAAAAUAACAUUUUGUUGGUUCGAGGCCUUUCUGCUGGAGGUAUCUCCAGGUGAGAUACGACAAGAGAAAUGUUGACCUAAAAACUCGGGAAAUAAUUUCAACAUUGAGUUAAAGCUUUGGAUAAAAAAAUAAAUAAAUCUAAGACAAAGGAGCGAGGUGUGAGAGGGCAUCAACAGGGAAGGCAGGCUAAUGAAAUGGAACGGGUCAUAUGAGACGGCUUUUGGCCCGAGUCCUCGGUCGCCUCUCUUUAUAUCUCUGUCCGUUCACUCUCUCUCUCUCUGCCUGUUUUAGGGGCUUUGUGUUUAAAGUGUGACCUUAAAGUGCCAAAUUUAUCCAAGUGGGUUUAGAAACACUCUUUAGUUUGGGAAGUGUGUUUGUGUGUGUGUUUGUGGGGGGGUUGACUUGUUUUAUCCCAAAUGUGACAGUUUCCCAGAUGUCAAAAUUGUACAAGAGGGUCUAAUGUAAAAAGAGCACCCAACUAUGAAUUCAGAGAAUUCCAAAUGUGUGUCUAAGACUGGCUUGGACAACAACAUUUGUCAAACUGACAAUGUAUAAAGAGAAGUAAAAUAUUUUGGGACAUAUCUUGGGAACUUGUGAGAAAAUAUGACAUUGGCAGUGAAAUUUGAAAUGGUAUGUUUGUCCUCAGACAUAUCCAUAGGACAGACAGCCCUAAUAAAUACAAAUAAAGCUUAGGCUCAAACAUUAUAAUCAAACGCUUUCCCCAAAUUCGCCAAAUGAAAUGAUUAUUCAUCAACUGUCUCAAUACACCGCAUGUGGUCUUAUUCGAGACAGAUUCUUGUACAAAUUAUGCUUUUUGGUUUUUUGAGUUCCCUCUCUCCAAACCCCAUACUCACUCCUAGUCUUACAGAAUUGUACAGUGCAGUCAUGAUGUUGCACUUGGUGUUGGCCAUUUUAAGUAACUUAACACCAAGAGCAAAACAUUGACAUUACGUGCUCUUUCUGGAAUUAGUACCUAUGCCAUAAAACAUGCCAGUCCAAUAUAUGUACCCAUAAUGUGUGGAUGUAGUCAUAAUGUCUCGACGUCUUUAGUGUGGAUUUUCCUUUUGACAGUUUAAUUUAUUAUGUUUUCAUUUGCAUUCCAUACAAGAUUCUCAGGAAAAAAAGGUUUAUUACAUCAUUGAAAAAAAAAUUACUUUUGGGACUCCUACAGCUUUAAAGCUAUUCUUGGUAUCUGAAGAUAAGUGAAACUUCCUAAAUAAAAUAUAUAAAAAGCUUUAAAAAA